AUGAUGCAAGAGGACAAGAGGAUGAAGGUGAAGAAGGGAUCGGUCACCGUGAGAGUCGGCCUCGAAGGCGAAGAAGGCGGCUUCCGGAAGUUCGUUAUCCCCAUCUCCUACCUCCACCAUCCCCUCUUCCAGAGGCUCCUCGAGUCGGCACAGGAGGUGUACGGUUUCUACUCCUCGGGGCCGCUGAAGCUGCCUUGCUCCGUCGACGACUUCCUCCACCUCCGGUGGCGCAUCGAGAGGGAGUCGCACCACUCGCAUGGCCACCACCGCCAGUCUUUGCAUUCAUGCUGA